AUGAAGCUUUGUUUUCAAAGUAUCACUGCUAAGAUAUUCAAUUCAACCAAGUUGAAAAUCAGGCAUUUAACACCAAGAAAAGCUUUCUAUGGAACACCAAACUGGGUGUUUUUCUGGAUUAAAACUCAUAAAGCUUUUCUUAUAGCUUUGAAAAUUAUCUACAAAAAAAAUAGAACUUUUUCAUCUGCCAGACUGAAGAUGUGGAAUAAAAUUCCAUUCAUGAUAAUUGAGCUGAAUUAA